UCGGACCCCGACUUCUGCCUCUCGAAGUGGAUCCGAAACUGAAUCAGAAACUGAGACAGAGCCGGAAACUGAGACUCGAGAGACUCAGUCUCGAAAGCGAUAUUGGCGAGUGUGAACGUGUUUACUUGGGCUUCGAUUGCCAAUACACAAAACCAACUUAACGAUGGCAAUUACGCGGCGUCUUCCCUGGCCGAAGCUGCUGUUUUUGUUUGUCUGGCUGUGUCUGGCAUUGGAUACAAAUCGUGCAGCUCGAGUGCCCAGCGAUCAGUUUGUGUUUCCCUCGGAGUCCAAGCCAAAUGCCACAGCCAUUCGACUGGAAUCCAGACUCAAGGAAAUCGAGCGAGAAAUGGCGGAGGUGACCAGAGCCACAAAUGUAAAUCUACCAAUCCUCAAAGAAAUCAAAAAAGGCACGCCGAGAACUACGGCUAACGACAACAAGCCUGAGUCACCAGCAAAUACUACCAAUGAAACGAAAAACUUGACCGAAACCCAGGGAAAUUUAUCAACACAAGAGAUUAAAAUGAACGAAAAUCAUGCACAUCCUUCCAGCGAGUCCAAGAUGAUAACCUUCGGCAAGGAAUCUAGUUCAGAUAAGCCAGCGCCUUGGGAUCAUACGGAAGCCACCAAUGCCAGCAAUUCCACUAGUGUGGUGAUUGGGCCUAGGAUUGUCCUGGAAACAUCGCCAAUUUGUCCAAAAGGCACUAUCCUGACCGUAAAUGAUCAUUGCCGGAAGAUUGCCUAGAUUAGUGCCAUAAAACUGGGAGCAACUGAGAAUUAAUUAACAUAAAUUAAAAAAUAUAUUCUAAAUAUUGUUAUAUUGAAAUUCUUCUUCGAUUCACAUAUAUGUUUGUUUCUAGCAUCAAUUAAACACAGCGCAUUUAGAGUUUCAAUAUUUACUCUCUUUUCAAUGUGCACGCUCUCGUGGUCUAAAAUUAUCAAUUCUGGAAUAGUACCGCUAAUCUUAUUGUAAUCAUUAGACAUCUCAUUCUAUCAUUAGCAUAUCAAAGAGGCAAUUGUUCUCAAAUGCAGAAACCUUGCUGCUGGUAACGGCUUCGUUAGUAUAUCAGUAAGUGUUUCAACGAAUCCAAUAUACUCUACGUGAAACGUAUAUAAUGAACAUUACUGCACACAAACUUAUUUGAAUGGGUAAGCUUUUACCAUUUUCAACUAUAACCAUUCCAAUUGAUUUGCACUAUAAUAAGGUGCUGAAAAACUGAAUCACUCUUUGAAUAAUUUUUAAAUAAUAUUUUAUAGUUUUUGCGACGGGAGGAAUAUCUUAGUGUUUUAUAAACUGCUAUAAAUUUUAAAAACUGAACCUCGACGAUUUAGAACUUGGUGCAAUAUUGAAUCAAGUGAACGUGCUUACUUGAGCUUCCUCUCUGCCUCUCGAAUUGGAUCCGAAUCUGAAU